UGUGCAGAUUAUGCAAUGGUGUGAAUAAAAGCCUGCAGUUCGCUUCUCAGCACUCAUUCUGUGUCUGUGUCCACUGUCCAGCAUGGCGAUGAGGGAAUCCGCCGUGCUUUCACUCUGCAUCCUGAUCGCAGUGACUUUACAAAACAGCGUCAAAGCGGAGGAUGGACCUAUCUUGCAAACCAAUUCUGGAGCCCUGAAAGGUCUACAAAUGAAAGCAAGGGGAAAAGACACCGUUAUCCAUUCGUACUUGGGCAUCCCCUUUGCCAAGCCACCCGUGGGUCCACUAAGACUGGCUCCACCACAACCAGCUGAGAAAUGGGAAGGAGUGAGAGACGCUACAAAACAGCCGUUAAUGUGUCUGCAGGAUAGGCAGUUAGUUGAAGACUUGGUAGCCAAUUUAUCGGCAAAAGUAGACAUGGUGGAUUCAUCAGAAGACUGCCUUUACCUCAAUGUAUACACACCGUCUAAACCUGGAAGAAACGACAAGCUGCCUGUUAUGGUGUGGAUCCAUGGCGGAGGUUUCACGACUUGUUCGGCAUCCUUGUUUGACGGACAUGUUUUGGCUGCUUAUCAGGACGUUGUUGUGGUCGUGAUACAAUACAGACUCGGCCUGCUUGGAUUUUUCAGCACUGGAGACGAGAAUGCUCCAGGAAACUAUGGUCUUCUGGAUCAGGUAGCUGCGCUACAGUGGGUUCAGGAGAACAUCCACAGCUUCGGCGGAGAUCCUGGAUCAGUGACCAUCUUUGGAGAGUCUGCUGGAGGAAUCAGUGUGUCUUUACAUGUUCUGUCUCCUUUGUCUGCAAACCUCUUCCAUCGUGCUAUUGCAGAGAGCGGUACAGCUGCAAUGGAGGCUAUAAUGAAUGUCAACCCACUUCCCAUCGCUCAGGCUAUAGGAAAUGCAUCUGGCUGUGAUAUUUCCAGCACAAAAAAGAUUGUCGACUGUCUGAUGCAGAAGUCAGAAGUGGAGAUACUGAAGAUUACAAUGGAGAAUCCUCUGUUUCGUUUUGGAGUGACGAUCGAUGGCCAGUUUCUUCCAAGACCUGCAGCAGAGCUUUUUCAGUCGCAGCAGUUUAACAAAGUGCCUCUGAUGACCGGAGUCACUGAUGAUGAGAUUGGAUUUGUGCUGCCCAAUUACCUUUUACCUCCAGAUUGGAUCAAUGGGCUCGACCUGGAGUCAAUCUUGCCACUUUUGACUGUGUUCAAUCCUGCUCUUCAAGAUCAGUCAGUUCUUGAGCUUCUUUUAAAUGAGUAUCUGGGCACAUCCCCUGACAGGAUCAGAAUUCGAGAUGGUUUUCGAGAAAUGUUAGGAGACUUCAUGUUCAACAUCCCAGCUCGACAAACGGCAAGUUACCACAGAGAUGCGGGCGCACCGGUGUACGUGUAUGAAUUCCGUCAUCCCCCCAGUGUACUUCAGAGGAAAAGACCCAGUUUUUCUGGAAGUGACCAUGGAGAUGAAAUUGUGUUCGUUUUCGGCUACUGCUUUUCAGAAGGACCCAUAGGGAUGGCAGAGAAUCUCUCAGAUGAAGAAGAUGAACUCUGCAGAACCACCAUGGCUUACUGGGGAAACUUUGCUCAUACAGGGAAUCCAAAUGGUCCAGGUCUCACAUCGUGGCCUGAGUUUGGAGAUGAAGCCGAAUAUCUCAGUAUUGGUCUGGAUCCGAAAGCCAGCACUGACCUGAAGGGAAAACACUUCACUUUCGUGACCCAAACUUUUCCAAGGAUAUUAAGUGAGCGAAAGGAAGGACCUGUAGUAAACACUAAAUUAGGAUCUCUAAGAGGUUCCUACAUGAUGGCGAAGGGGAAGGACUCUGUCAUCAGUAGCUAUUUUGCUAUACCCUUUGCUAAGUCUCCGGUGGGUCCUUUGAGGUUGACUCCACCACAGCCUGCAGACGCAUGGCAAGGAGUAAGAGAUGCCACCAAGCAGCCGCCCAUGUGUCUCCAGCCAAAGGAGGUUAUGGUUGACUUGCUAGCUACAAUGCCAUUGAAAACGGAGUUCCCAGAAGUGUCAGAGGACUGUCUUUACCUCAACAUUUACACUCCUUCCAAACCUGGAGACAACAAAAAGUUACCUGUCAUGGUCUGGAUUCAUGGCGGAGGUUUAGCUUUUGGAUCUGCUUCCAUUUUUGACGCACAUGCUUUGGCUGCUUAUCAAGACAUAGUGGUGGUCAUGGUCCAGUACAGACUUGGCCUGCUUGGAUUUUUCAGCACCGGAGAUGAGCAUGCUCCAGGAAACUAUGGUCUUCUGGAUCAGGUAGCUGCGCUUCAGUGGGUUCAGGAGAACAUCCACAGCUUCGGUGGAGAUCCUGGAUCAGUGACCGUCUUUGGAGAGUCUGCUGGAGGAGUCAGUGCGUCUUUACUUGUUCUUUCCCCGUUAUCUGCUAACCUGUUUCAUCGUGCAAUCGCAGAGAGCGGUACGGCAGCAAUGAACGCUAUAAUGAGUCCCGACCCACUGUCAACAGCCCGAUCUUUAGGAAACGUGUCUGGCUGUGAUAUUUCCAGCACAAAGAAGAUUGUUGACUGUGUUAUGCAGAUGACCGAAGAGGACAUAUUGAAGAUUGCCAGGGAGCAGGUAUUGCUUCGUUUUGGAGUGACCGUUGAUGGGCAGUUCCUUCCGAAAUCUGUGGAUGAGCUUCUUCAGUCUCAAGAGUUUAGCAAAGUGCCUUUGAUGACUGGAGUUACUGAUGAUGAUGGUGGAUUCACUCUACCUGAAUUCAUUGCACCCCCAGGAUGGAGAGAUGGAAUGACCAAAGAUCAGAUCAUGCCAUUUUUGCCUACAUAUAAUUAUGAUCUUCAGGAUCCAGGACUUGCUGAGAUUGUUUUAAAAGAAUAUCUGGGCGCAACCACUGACAAGAUCAAAAUCCGAGAUGGUUUUCGAGAAAUAGUGGGGGACUUCUUUUUCAACCUCCCAGCUCGCAAAUUAGCGAAUUACCACAGAGAUACUGGUGCACCAGUGUACAUGUAUGAAUUCCAGCAUCCUGCCUAUAUAUUUCAAAACAAAAGACCCAGCUUUGUUGGAUGUGAUCAUGGAGAUGAACUUUUAUUUGUUUUUGGUUAUUGCUUUGGAAAUGGACACAUAAAGGUGGAAGGUGAACUCUCAAAGGAAGAACAAGAACUUUGUAAAACUACCAUGGCUUACUGGGGAAACUUUGCUCGCACUGGGAAUCCGAAUGGUCCAGGCCUUGUAGAGUGGCCAAAAUAUGGAGCUGAAGCCGAGUAUCUUGGUAUUGGACUGGAACAGAAAUCCAGCAAAAACUUUAAGGGAAAUCACUUUCAUUUCAUGAUCGAAAAACUCCCGCAGAUCAUAAAAGAGUGGAAGGAAGGACCUGUAGUAGAAACAAAACUAGGAUCUCUGAGAGGUGCCUUCUUGACUGUGAAGGGCAAGGACACAAUAGUCAAUAGUUAUCUAGGUGUGCCGUUCGCCAAGCCGCCUGUAGGACCCCUGAGACUUGCUCGACCACAGGCUGCAGAGAAAUGGCAAGGAGUUAGAGAUGCCACCAAACAGCCACGGAUGUGCCUCCAGGAAAGGCAAAUGACUGUAACUGAACUGGAGUUUCUAUCGAUGGAUGUGGAGGUUCCUGAGGUCUCGGAGGAUUGCCUGUAUCUUAACAUCUACACCCCAGUUAAACCUGGACAAGGAGACAAGAAGUUACCAGUCAUGGUUUGGAUUCAUGGUGGAGGACUCUCUCUUGGAUCGGCUUCAAUGUAUGAUGGCUCUGUUCUGGCUGCGUAUCAGGAUGUGGUCGUGGUGCUCAUUCAGUACAGAUUGGGUCUUCUGGGGUUCUUAAGCACCGGAGACGAGCAUGCGCCAGGAAACUAUGGUUUUCUGGAUCAAGUAGCUGCCCUUCAGUGGGUUCAGGAGAACAUCCACAGCUUCGGUGGAGAUCCUGGAUCAGUGACCAUCUUUGGAGAGUCUGCUGGAGGAAUCAGUGUAUCCACGCUGAUUCUUUCCCCGCUGGCGUCUGGACUGUUUCAUCGCGCCAUUGCAGAAAGUGGAACUGCCUUCUGGGAUGGUUUAGUCAUGGCUGAUCCUUUUCAGAGAGCCCAGACUGCAGCCAAACAAUGCAACUGUGACAGCAGCAGUUCAGCAAAGAUUGUCGACUGCAUUAUGCACUGGUCUGAAGAGGAGGCUCUGGAAUGUGCUAAAAAGUUCCAGAUGAUGCACUUCUCCGUUGCUGUAGAUUCUUAUUUCCUUCCCAAACCCAUCGAGGAGAUUGUUGAGAAACAAGAGUUUAGUAAAGUUCCUCUCAUCAACGGCAUUAACAAUGAUGAGUUUGGCUUCUUGUUGGCUGAAUAUUUCUUGGGUCCUGAAUGGAUGAAUGGGUUGAAAAGAGAGCAAAUCGCUGAAGCCUUGACGCUCACAUAUCCUGAUCCCAAGGAUCGAUGGAUCAUUGAUCUGGUGGCGAAGGAAUAUCUGGGCGACACACACGACCCCAUUGAAAUCCGUGAAGUUUAUCGGGAGAUGAUGGGAGACGUGCUGUUUAACAUCCCUGCCCUGCAACUGGCAAAACACCACAGCGGCACAGGAGCUCCAGUGUACCUGUAUGAGCUCCAGCAUCCGCCCAGCUUCCUCCAGAAGAAGAGGCCUAGCUUCGUGGGUGUGGACCACGCUGAUGACCUCUACUUCAUCCAGGGCACCUGCUUCGCUAAAGCCCAUCUCAGAAUAAGCGCUCCUUUCACAGAAGAAGAAAACGAGCUCUGCAGGACUGUGAUGGCCUACUGGGGGAACUUUGCACACACUGGGUCUCCCAAUGGUCCGGGUCUGACACAUUGGCCAGAAUAUGAAAAUGAGAAUGAGUAUCUUGCCAUCGGACUGCAACAGAAACCUGGGAAAAACCUUAAGCACAAACACUAUGAGUUCAUGACCAAGACUCUUCCAGAACUCAUACGUCAAGGAAAAACCAAGCACUCAGAACUGUAAAAGAAAAAAAAAUGACAAGACAAUUAACUGUGAUUCAGAAUAACAAUAUUACCAUGUAAAGAUCAAAUAACGACCUUUAUUAUCACAUAUAUUGAUGGCAAUUUUAAAGAUCUUUGACAGAACUUUAGCUGUCAGAUUGUAUUUUAAAAGAAAUAACUAAUGUUAUGCACUGAAAAAUAAAAGUCGGACACCUUA